GAGCAAUGAUAUAUGUCUGAAAAACACUUCUUAGUGUCAGAAUAGCAUCCACAAGCCAAUCCAACACACUCCAAGCUUGAGUUUUCUUUCUUCUUCACCAGAAAAUGAACUCUCCAUCCCCAGCAACCAAACACAGAUAUGACAUCACCAUGUCCAGAAGAACCAGAAAGCAAACGCCUUCUGAAAAACCCAGAUCAGAAAGUAACACUGACUCAAAGAAUAGAGAAAAUGGAAUUGUGGUGUCUCUGGAGAAUCUUCUGCAGGUGAAAGAUGGUGAACAGAUAAAUGACCAUAAGAGCUUGAAGCAACUGAUCAGAGGGGAUAGUGAGAGUAAUAAUAAUAAUAAAGGAAGGAACUCACUGGGACAGCACUUCAAUGAAGAAGAGAAGAAUCUGCAGGUGGUGAAGAAGAAUCAGAAUGAGAGUGCACAAGAAGGCCUGAAGUUCAAGAAGCUGGUGCGACGUUAUGCAAAGGUUCUUGGCCACAUGAUGAAGGCCAAGAGAGAUCCUCAUUUAGGUGAAUCUGGAAAGAAACCUGUUUUCAAGUUACACAAGUAGGAAAUUUUUGCUUAAUCAUCAUCAUCAUCAUCCUCCUUCUUUUCUUGUUCUGCAAGCAUUAGCUGUACAUCAGUUUGGUUUUUCAAUCAUUUUUGGCAUAUUCUGAAUACUCUAGCUGUCAUUUUUGAUAGCAUCAGGUUAGUGAAUUUCGUCAAUCCGUUUGUGUUAGAUUUGAUGUUUUAUCGAAUGUGUACUUGUUGGUCAUCAAACGAGUCCAUAAAGAUAAAUGUUGAAUCUAAUUAAACAGAAUGAUGAAAUGUUUGGUGUCAAAAUGACAGCCUGAGUAUUCAAAUAUUUUGGAAAAAAUAAUUGAAGAACCAAAUUAUUAUAUGAACAGGUUAGUUUUUGCUCUGUUUUGAAUAUUUGCUUGAUUAUUGAGCGAUCAAAACCAUACCAAGAUUGUUAUUUGCCAGAGAUAUGUUGUAAUAUUUUUGUUUCUAGUAGUGGCUGCAUUUUCCCCUCUCUCUC